CAAUUCCUCAGUUGGAUUUCAGAACAUCGAAUGGGCGGGCGUGUAGGAUGGAUCGCUAAGACACCAGUAGUUUUUUUUCAUUCCGCCUUCUAGCAGUGUUUGUUUAUUACCGUCCGGCAUACUUUCCGUAAAUCCUUCUCGACGGUGGUGCUUUUAAUUUUAUAUCUUUAGCGUUUUAAUUUUUUCAAUCUUGUAUCAAAGCGCCGCGUUCCGAUUUCACGUCGAGAAGGCAGCCGCACAAGUUUGAAAGCGGCUUUUUGAGAGUAGUACCACCUACUCCCCUUAAUAAUUUUGUUAUCGCUGUUAACAACGCAUCAGGCAAAAUCAAAAUGGUGAAGAAGAUAGACAGUGAAGAGAGUGUAGAUAGCGGCGUUGGCCGUGGCAGCAGCCAGUCGGGGAGCGAGCGUGAAACAGAAGAGAUUUCGCGCGGGACCGAGCCGUCCGCGCCGGUGACCAUCCCCGACAGUGAGGAUCUGCAGCGACGCAAGGAGGAGGCGCGCAGGAAGCGCCGCAGGAAGAAGCGCUCCGGCAGCUCGGUGGUCACGUCAUGUUUCCAAGACCUUUACAAGCUCACGGGCGAAGUGCUGGGCGAGGGCGCGUACGCCUCGGUGCAGACCUGCGUCAACAUCUACACCGGGCAGGAGUUUGCAGUGAAGAUCAUCGACAAAGUGCCGGGGCACGCCCGCGCCCGGGUGUUCCGCGAGGUGGAGACCUUCCACUAUUGCCAGGAUCACCCGAACAUAAUCCAGCUCAUUGAAUUCUUUGAGGACACCGACAAGUUUUAUCUUGUCUUCGAGAAGAUCAACGGCGGUCAGCUUCUGUCGCGAAUACAGGAGCAUCACUAUUUCUCAGAGCCGCAGGCGGCGGAGAUAGUUCGCGAGAUAGCCAACGCCUUGCACUUCUUGCACGGCAAGGGCGUCGCCCACCGUGACUUGAAGCCGGAGAACAUCCUCUGCGUCAACCGCGACAGUCUCUGCCCAGUUAAGAUUUGUGACUUCGAUCUUGGGAGCGGCAUCAGUUUCACUUCGAGCCUCGCGAGCCCACUGGCGACCCCGCAAUUGAUGACGCCGGUGGGCAGUGCCGAGUUCAUGGCUCCGGAGGUGGUGUCGCUGUUCGCCGGUUCGGCGGCGACGCACUACGACAAGCGCUGCGACCUGUGGUCGCUCGGCGUCAUCGCCUACAUCCUGCUGUGCGGCUACCCGCCCUUCCGCGCCGACUGCGGUGCCGACUGCGGCUGGGAGCGCGGCGACAACUGCCGCGCUUGCCAAGAUCUGCUUUUCACUUCCAUCCAGGAGGGGCACUACUCGUUCCCCGAGGAGGAGUGGGCGCACAUCUCGUCGGAGGCGAAGGAUCUGAUCGCGCAGCUGCUGGUGCGCGAGGCGUCGCACCGCAUCAGCGCCGAGCGCGUGCUGCAGCACCCGUGGUUGCGCCGCGCCGACGCCGCCGCGCACUACCCGCCGCUGCGCACCCCGCAUAACAUCAAACGCAACAUGUCGGCUCGGAACCUGUCCAAUUUCGCCGAGUCGGCCAUGGCGGUGAACCGGGUGAUCCAGCAGCACUUCUCCAUGAACUACUCGUACAUGGAGCGGCCGGCGGCCGCGCUGCGCUGCUCCAAGUCGUGCCACCCCAGCCCCGACACCGUCGCCCGCGAGAGCAUCUUGGAGGACGAGUUGGAGCGCACCGGGCUGGCCCUCCAGGGCAUGCGCUGCGGCGACGAGUACUGCGCGCCCUUCGGCCUCUCCCCGCCGACCGAGUCGGAGCUGCUCCGUCGUCGCCACCAGCUCGCUGACAAGCCCCUCCCCGUUCAUUAGCUACCGUUCUCGACCGGUCUCCUAUUAUCGCCUCAUCUGUUUAAACCUUCUUGGUGAUCUCAUCUAUUGGCGCCACAUCGACCUGAACCCUCAUACCCCGAUCAGUACUCCGAGCGCUAGUUUGUGAUCACGAUUCCGAGGAGAGUUUGGAGCCCACGUGAUAGUAUGUACCGGUGCCCUAGACACCCGCCGAUUCGAGAGCCGAUCCGCGGCAGUGCUUCCCCUGUGCCGUUUUGUCGAUCUGGUGAUGAGAUCGUUCUCACAUGUGAUAGUGAACUCGUAGUAUGCGCGGUGCCGAAUUCCUACGCGUAUCCAGUUGUGUAUAGUUAGUGAUAGGGGCUGGGGACGAGCCGGCCCAGUCACAUUCCACCGAGCGCCACAGUACAAGGACAAUGGAUCUACCUCCGGUCAGAGAGUCGCUCGCGGCGCGAUCGUCGCGUCGCCCGCGCGACCGUCGCGUCGCGAGUCGUCCGCGUAUGUUUACAGUUGCAGCGAAACGGUUAAACAUCGGCGAGAGACUGUGCCAAUGGAUAAUUCCUCCAGUGAUAGAUCCGAUCGCAAUUUUACUGUGAACGGUACUUAGAGCUGUAACAGUUUUAUUUGAGCCUUUAAAGAUAUAUAUUUAUGGAUAAAUAAAAACGACUGAAUAGUUUUUAUCGAUAUGUAGAAUGUUAAUUGUGAGUUUUAUGUUCAGGCGGUGACCGCCGAGACCGUCGCCGGUCGAUAAAAUCGUAUUAUACUGAGAUAGUUGUGCUGAUCUACAUACUUUAUAACGAUUACAGAAAUAUAUUUUUUGGAUUUAUGAAAUCCGUUAUAUGAAAUUGAGCUUGUUUGUGUGAUGCCUUGUGAUCGUGGCCUACCCUUGAUGCAAUAAAAUUUUUGUUACUUUCUAUAGUUUUUUUUGGAUACUAGUCUGUUUGUGAUUGUAUGAACUUUUUUUGCAUUUUUUUUGCACAUGGCAAAACCACAUCUCAUUUAUAUGUUUAAGAAUGAAUCGAGCUAAGAUUGUAAGAGUUAGGGACAGUAUGUGACAUUUUCGCUGAGAGUUCAAGUGUUUAUGUAUGUAAAUACGCAUAAUUACAGAAUAGGAAUAAAAUUCGCUUUGUAUCGUGUUGUGUGGAAAGGGCACUCGCGAACCGUUUGUAUGAAAUGUCAUAUAUUUUUGACUAGAACUGUGUUGGUUAAGAGUUGCAUGGGGUUCCAUGGAGCUGCCAUAAAAUUGUGAUCAGUUUGAAUACUUUUAUAUUGCCGAAGAAUGAAAAUGUUAUAAUAAUGUUAAGUGUAGAUUUGCUAGACUGUACCUACCCUGCGAACGCUUUGAUUGGAAAAGGUCGCACCCCCUCGCCACCUAACAUUGGACGGUACUUUCAUUUUUUUUUCACAAAUUUAAUAUUUUACUCCAUAUUCAUAUUAGUUACGUUACGAACUAUCAUACUAAUUUAUUUUACUUAGAGGUGGCUUUAUCCAAUCAAUACCUAAACUUAUCGCAGUUAUUUGUUAAAAAACUUGUUUUCGACUUAAUCAUUGAUUUUCAAUUAUUUGAAAUACAGAUGUUUGAAUUUUUAAUA